UGGGGCAGUGCUUCCGGGUGGGAGGGAGCUGACCUCCGCCGCCGCGGGGACCUGCGACGGCAGCAACCAUGGGGGCGCACCUGGUCCGGCGCUACCUGGGCGACGCCUCGGCGGAACCCGACCCCCUGCGGAUGCCCACUUUUCCACCUGAUUACGGUUUCCCCGGGCGCAAAGAGCGCGAGAUGGUGGCCACGCAGCAGGAGAUGAACGACGCGCAGCUGGUGCUGCAGCAGAGGGACUACUGCGCCCACUACCUCAUCCAGCUGCUCAAGUGCAAGCGCGACAGCUUCCCCAACUUCCUGGGCUGCAAGCACGAGCAGCACGACUGGGAAUACUGCGAGCACCUCGACUACGUGAAGCGCAUGAAGGAGUUUGAACGCGAGCGGCGGCUGCUCCAGCGGAAGAAGAGGCGGGAGAAAAAGGAGGCAGAGGCAGCCAGAGGCCAGGGUUCCGGAGAGGUGGCCCCCGAGGUGGCCCUAUAGGGGGUGUGCCCCCCACCCUGCGGACCAGAGAAAUAAAAGCUUCCAGCCUGA